AUGUUUAGAUAUUUAAAGAAAUUUGUAACAUUUGUUUGUUCUAUCAUCUUAUUAUGUGAAUAUUUUUGUUUUAUAAAAUAUUGUAUUGCCAUAAAUCUUAGGAGUUAUAAAAAAAGCAGUCUCUAUAUAUUUAAUAACAAUAUGAAUAAAAGAUUUGCUUUUCCUUCAUGUAGAAAAAAUUGUGUGAAUUAUAUAAAUAAAGAUAAUGAUUUAAAAAGGUUUAUGAAUAAAAUUAAUAAUAAGAACUGGUUACGAUAUGAAAAGAAAAAGAAAGAGAACUUAAAUAUUAAGGUAAAUAAUACAACAGAUGAUAAAGAGAGUAUGCAUACCCUUAUGUCAAUGGAAAUACCUAUAAAAGAAAUAAAUGAAUAUAAAAAGAAAGAAACAAAUAAUAUUAAAGAAGGAAAUGAAAAAGAAAUAAAUAAUAAAAGUGUUUGUAAUAAUAUAAUAGAAAAAAAAAAAGAUGUUGUUAUAGAAGAUGCAAUAAAUAAUUGUUGUGAUGUGAAUAAUUAUAAUAGUGAUGAAAAUAAAAAGAAUGAGUAUAAUUUAGGUAAUGAAGAAAAUAUAUCAGAUAUAGAUGACAUAAAAGAGAAGAAUAAAAAUAAUAUAAAGACCAAAAUAAAGAAAAGAACAAAAAAAAAACUUGAAUCAAAUAAUAAUGAUGAUAAUAAUAAAAAUGAAGAUGAAAAACGUACGAGAAGAGAACAAGUUAGAAAAAAAUUAUCGGAAUUGGCAAAAAUGAGAUGGCAAAAUGAAGAAGAAAGGAAAAAAUUAUUAAGAUCUAAAAAUAAAUUUAAACAUACAGAAAAAACAAAAAAAUUAUUAUCUUAUAAAAUAAAACUAAAAUGGACAGAUGAAAAUUAUAGAAAGAGAAUUAUAGAAAAGACAAGAAUUUUUAAUCAAGAUGAAAAUACAAAAAGAAGAAAAUCUAUUUUAUUGAAAGAGAAAUGGAAAAUGAAAGAUUUCAGAGAAAAAAUGUUAUGUAAUAGAAAGCCAUAUAGUGUUGAACGAAGACAAAAAUUAUCAGAAAUUAUAAAACAAAAAUGGAGAGAGGAUGAUUAUAAGAAUAAAACCUUAACAGCUAUAAAAGA